AUGUCAUUAUUCGAGGACAUUUGGGGAGAGCGGCAGUGCUUUGAUCUGCUAGAAGCAAACGACGAAGAUGAGUCUCUUGACCUGCUAAAAGAAAGUCGCAUUGUUCUUCAAGAAGACAGCAUUGAGGAAUAUGAGGACACUGCCAUGGUACACCUCGAAGACCAUCCUUCUGAGAACAUGUAUACCUCAUUUGCAAGAAGAGGAAGAGACCAAGAGGCACAAACUCGAUUGAUAAUGCCAGUUGAUACAAACUUUGAGGAGAAUGUUGGGAAUAUUCAAUGUUCUACUACAUCACUAUCCUUGGCUCAACAUUCUCUGGUUGAUUCUCCUCGUAUGCCAUCACAAUAUUUUCAAAAUCAUUCCACCUAUGCAACAAUGUCGCCUUCUAGCACCAAAAUCUCCAACAUCAUAAGACAACCAGCUGUGCUUGAAAGAUCUUCUGCUUUGUCAUCCCCCUUGUCAGAUAAGGAGAAUAGACAUAAACAAAAGCACAGAGAAGACUUGUCUCAUUCUGUGAUGGCACCAAGACCUUCUAGUCGUCGCAGAGAAAAGAACAGUAUCGACAAAAUAAUUGAAGAGCACAACAAGAAGCACGCUGGAAAGUUAGGAGUUACACAAGCCAAUUCAAAACCACUAGCUCCUAAGGUCAUUCAAAAGAAACCAACUAAACGAAAGGGAAAUAGAUAUUCUGGAAGUCUGGAAGGAUUCAUGGUAAAAUGUGAAGCUCAGUACAGUGGACCAGGCUUAUCUGAAGUCUAUCAGGAAUAUCAGUUAGAUCAUGAUGAAUCAACUCAGUCCUGGAUGUUUGAAGAGGCAGAUUCUUUUCAGCAAGUGGGCCAAGCACAAGAAGUACCUCAGAGUGUAGACUCUAUCCAGUACACGGGCCAAAUGGGAGGGAUAACCCCAAACGCGAUGUCUUUCCAGCACAUGAGCCAGGGAAUGAUUUGUCCAAUGACGCAUGAAGUGCAAAAGUUUCAUAGCCAUUGCCAAUCUCUCCCGUCACCUCAACUCACAAGAACCCAACAGCCAAAUUAUUCUUUCCAGCAAAUGGGCCACACAUAUUAUGAUUGCGACUUGUAUCCCUUCAAUCACAUAUCAGUUCUUAAUAUACCACACUCGCCGCUGUUUCCAGAGAGAAACUUAUGGGCACCUCGAGCAAUCGAAACUCUAUCUAAUCAAUCGCAUGAUCAAUUUCGAAUACCUGCCGUUCAUACACAGGGCUUUGAGACUCAGCAGUACAUGACUGCGAGAAACGGAAAUUCUGCUACUGCAUUUCCUUCUUCUUUACAUGGAUUCCUAGGGUCCGAAAGAGGAAGUGGCCAAUCCUCUGAGUCGCCAACCAGCCCUUCGUUCUCUCCUUAG